CACUAUGGCUAAACAAGUAAUGUUCACUAUAGCUGUUUUUGCAGUUUUUGUUCAGUUAGCGUCCUCGUGCUGUGGACCUGCCCAGUGGGAGGGAUAUGAGGGUGUCUUUGCAGGAGUGCAGGCCAAUGGAACAGGUGGAGAGGGUAAAGGACUUUUGAAUAUAUCAGUUGAUGCCAAUAUAAACAAAGUAGCCAUCAAAGGAUAUAGCAUGUGGAACGGUCAGCGAGUUAAACAACAUCUUCUCAACGAUUAUUCAGCUGGCAAUAGUUACACUGCUUACAAUGGGAAAUGUUUGACAGCAGCCUUACCACCUUAUCCCAGUCCAGGGAAACUUAACUGUGUACCAUAUGAUGCUAAACUGGUACUGUCUACCUAUUAUGGAGCUGGUGAUAAUAAGUACGAAAUUGAUGUUUAUGAAUUUAUGGUAGAUGGUAUCAAAAUAGAAUUGAGUGUCAAUAAAGGAUCAUGUGUUCCUGUUGGAGAACAUCAGCAAUUGGCCAACGGCUUUGCCGAUGUUGGCUUCAUGGGAAUCACCGAAGGAAUAAAAGACCCAUCAGUGUUUGAUAUACCACCAGAGUGCAAUAAUGCGAGAACAGUUUCUCCGAGAAUGCGGUAUAUAAAAAAGACUGAACAUGUUUAAAGUGAAAUUGUAUAAAUCAAAGAAAUAAUUUCACUAGGAAAAAACUAUAUUGGUAAUGUCACAAUUGUAAAUACAUAUUUAGAAUUAAAAACUUAGAAAUACUA